AUGCUCAGCACCCGCGUCGCAACCCCCACGGCCGCGCCCCGCGCGCCGCGGGCCUUCGCGCCGCUCGGCCGCGCCGCCUGCCCGGCGCGCGUCGUGCUGCGCAGGGUGGCGCCCGAGGAGAAGAGCGAGAAGAGCGGUGCUGAUUUCACCCCCGAUAAGAAGGAGUUUGAGAUGCCUCGCACCGGCGCCGGCGUUGAGUCAGAGACCAAGAAGGCCAGCAACAUGGAGGCCGGGGGUGCGCCCGAGGGGGACCGCGCAAUCGCAGGGCAGGCUUACCAGCUAGGCGGCAGCCCCAAGACCCCUGAGGAGCGGUUUGGCAGCAAGGAGGCGGCCGAGAAGGCGCAGGAGGAGUACAAGGACACCAGCCGGAAGAGCGAGCGCCAGCACGGUGACGACCAGGGCAACUACGCCGAGGGUGGCGCUUAA